AUGCACUGUUCCAAUACGGCGGUGCGGCGGGGCUGGCGAUGCACACUCGCGCUCGUGCUGCUGCUCGUCGCAGGCAUCUCGCUCUCCACAGCCCAACUAGCCGCGCCUCCACCAUGGUUUCACUCGCUUCCCUCGGCGGGCGAGUCGGCCAUCGAACUGCGUGCGCCAGCUCACCUCUCCUCGCGCUCUCUCGACGCACAAGCACAGCAGCGGCACUUUCAAUCGCAUGCGCUUCGGCGGCGCGCGGUCCAGGAUGCCAACGACACCACGCAGUCGCUCGGGCUGCUGUCCGGCGCAUACGACAUCCCUCUCAACGUCUCGUCGCCGCCCCAGCUCGUCUUUGUCCAGCUCGACACGGGCUCGUCGGAUCUGUGGAUCACCUCGUCCCGAUGCAUCUCGAAGCAGUGCAAGGAGAACGGCGUGCUGACGCUCGACGUCGACAAGAGCACCUCCUUCCGCACCAUACAGGUCGACGCAGCCGCCGCGCUCAACCUCACCGCAUCGAGCUUUGGCGACAACGCAACGCAGACCUCGACAAACAGCAGCACGAUCAGCAAGCGCGCAGACACGGACGUGGCGUUCUCGAUCUUCUACGAUGACGACACGGCCGCCAAGGGGGUGCUGGGCGCCGACGAGGUGCGAAUGGCAGGUUUGCAUGUCGAGCGCCAGGCGUUUGCACUGAUCGACGAGACCAACGUCACGCUCGGUGCGCAGGGGAUAUCGGGUGUGCUGGGGCUGGGAUUUCCGCGCGGAAGCACUAUCGCCCGCAGCCUCGUUGGGUACCAAGACCAGAUAGGGGAUGUCAGUACGCUGCCGCUGGCAACGUCGCUGUUGCGCACGAACGUGUCGUAUCCGAUGUUCGGGUUGUACCUCACGCCCACGGGUGGCAGAGCGACAUUUGGUGCAGCCGAUCCUAUUGUUCUUCCCACGGCACAAGAUCGCAGCCUGGUGCAGUGGCACGACGUGGUGCCCUUCCCCUCGGGCGACACUUCUCUGCCCGCCAAUGCUACGCUCAAUGUCGACGCCCCUGCUCUCGGGUCUUAUGUGCAGUGGGUCGUGCGUCUCACCGCUGCCGGCGUUGCUGGCCGCCCUGCUACGCUCACACCGACGUACACACAGGUCAGGGAGACACUUGCGCUGAUCGACUCGGGGUCGUCGGCGAUCCUUGGCCCGGCGGCUGAUGUCGAAUCGCUCUUCGCCGGCAUCACGAACAGCCGCCAUGUGGGCGGAGGCCGAUUCGUGGUGCCGUGCGAUACGACUGCGCGCAUGUACUUUUCGUUUGGCGGACGCAACAUCACGCUGCUCCCGCAAGACUACCUGAUCGGGCCGGACACUUUGCAGCCGUACCUGUGUUUUGCAUGGCCGGCAGCAUCACCACCGGACGCAACGGGGGUGGACUGGAUACUGGGAACGCCGUUCCUGCGUGCGACAUACGCACUGUUUGCGAUCGGCAUCAACGACGUCGAACCGCCGAAGAUCGGCUUCUUCCCGUUGAGGCAGCCGGCCGACGCAACCGAGGAAGCACAGGUGUUUCAGCCCGAGCCGACACAGAGCGUGCUCAGCUGGGUCAGUGCACAGGGCACCAAGAUCAACAGUGUGCUGCCCAACUCGCUUGUGAGUUUGAGCAUGCCCAGCAGGCAGCCGUACUUUUUUGGCAAUGCGACAGCCACGCCGAGUGCGGGCGUGGUUCCCACACGCGUGGGUGCAAGCCGGACAUACAGCCCGAUCCUGCCGACUGUCGAGGCCGGGACCGCAGCUAGCUUACCCGUGGUGGCGAGCAGUUCGCCGAUACCCGUGCCGAGCAAUCCGGCCAACCCACAGACGAAUGCAGCCGCAUGCACCACUCCGCACUGGAUCCCAGCAGCACUUGUAGCUUGUAUCCUCACGUACACUCUGUAA